CGCUGCGCGCUAUAAAUCGAGGGACGGCCGCUGCUGCGGUCAGUCGACCAGGGGCCGCCUCCUCCACAUCUGCUCUCAGCUGACAUGGCUCUUCAGAUUGUGUUGUGCGCAUGCGCGCUGCUGGGCGCGGCCAGUGCGGGCUACCUGGGCUCUCCCGCCGUCUCCUACUCGGCGGCUCCCGCCCUGCGAGGCGGCCUUCCUUACAACGCCGGACUGGGAGUCGCUGGUGUUCCAGUGGGUGCUGGUGUGGCUGGUCCUGCUGCAGCCGCAGCUGCUGCUGCUGCCGCCGCCGCUGCUGCCAGGGCUAGGCUGUCUGGUGCUGCACUGAGCGGGUACACACCUGGCUAUGCUGGUAUUGCCCCUGGCUAUAAUGGUAUCGCUGCAGGCUACGCUGGAGUCGCCCCUGGUUAUGCGGGAGUAGCCCCUGGCUACACUGGUCUGGGUGCAGCACGUUACGCUGGUCUCGGUGCAGCACGCUACGCCGGUCUGGGCCGCCUGGCCAGUGGGCUGCCCGCCGAGCUGGCUGACCCGUACUAUGACCCCAACCCGCAGUACAGCUUCAGCUACAGCGUCAGCGACGCCCUGACCGGCGACGCCAAGCAGCAGCAGGAGAGCCGCAGCGGCGACGUGGUGGAGGGCAGCUACAGCCUGGUCGAGCCCGACGGCAGCGUCCGCACUGUUGACUACACGGCCGCCCCUGGCGUCGGUUUUAACGCCGUGGUCUCCAAGAGCGCAGCUCCUCCUGGAUCGCCUGCUGCUGCCGCUGCAGCCACUGCGGCCGCCGCAGCCGCCGCCUCCGCCAGGGCUGCCCUCGCAGCUGGCAGAGUGCCCGGUGCUGGUGGAUACCCACUGAACCCAGCGGCCGCUGCUGGAGUCUACGGAGCGCCCCUGAAGACCGCACAUGCUGCCCUCGCCACACCACAUGCAAAGGUCCACUACUAGACGCAGUCUGACUCUCGCCUCCUGUAAAUAGCUACCAACGUGUAGCAAAAGCAAAUGACAAAUGUAAAUAAAAGGCUAGUUUUCAUUAAA